CAUUUCCAGCGAUACACAUUAUAAAGAAGCUAUGGCAUCAGGUAUGAAGCAAGUGAUGACAUCUCUAUAUAUUUGCUUAGCUCUUGUAUAUUUCCUUCAAACUUUAAGUAAUAGUCCUGCUCAUGCACACGGAGGAGCCUCCGCAUGGUAUUCCGGUCAUGCCACAUUCUAUGGUGGCAGCGAUGCUUCCGGCACCAUGGGAGGAGCAUGUGGGUACGGGAAUUUGUACAGCCAGGGCUACGGUACAAACACGGCGGCUCUCAGCACAGCUCUCUUCAACCACGGAGAGAGGUGCGGAGCUUGUUAUGAGUUGAAGUGCAAUGACGACCCCAAAUGGUGCCUGCAUAACACCAUCACCGUCACGGCAACCAACUUUUGUCCACCCAACAACGCCCUCUCCAAUGACAAUGGCGGAUGGUGCAAUCCUCCCCUCCGUCAUUUCGAUCUCGCACAGCCUGCUUUCCUUCGUAUUGCACAAUAUCGCGCUGGAAUUGUACCGUUACUCUACAGAAGGGUGCCUUGUGUAAAGAAAGGGGGCAUAAGGUUUACUAUAAAUGGCCAUUCCUACUUCAAUCUGGUGUUGAUAACAAACGUUGGGGGUGCAGGAGAUGUCCACGCCGUAUCCAUAAAAGGUUCCAAGACAGGGUGGGAAGCCAUGUCCAGAAACUGGGGGCAGAACUGGCAGAGCAAUGCCUAUCUCAACGGCCAAAGCCUCUCCUUCCGGGUCACGUCGGGCGAUGGCAAGACCAUUGCAGCCAACAAUGUGGUUCCGCCUGGCUGGCAGUUCGGACAAACUUUUGAAGGAACUCAGUUUUAGCCAUGAUCCCAUGUUGGUGUGAAGCUGUAUACAAACCAGUUUAUGAUUCUAUGUAGUAGUAAUAAAAAAAAGGAGCUGGCCUGGAUACUUAUUAUUUUGUCUCAAAUGUAUACGUGCCUUGGUAUAUUUUGUAUCAACGUUAUGGAAUAAGUAAUAUAUUGAUUAUAGUUA